AGAAAAUCCUAUAAAUUUUAGUGAAGCUUCCUUAUGAACAAGUUGACCCAAAAAAAAAAUGCCUUAUUCGAAAUAACAGAAAGAUGUACCCAAAAUCGGCCGACCUGACCUGUUACACGGAAAUUUGGAAAUUGUGACUGUCUCUUUCUCCGCAACUCCCCUUCUUUUUCCUUCUUCCUCUUCUCACUUCUUCCUUAUUUAUUCUUCCCCAAAUCUCUCUCAAUCUUCAAUUCAUCUUCAAUCCCCCAAAUCAAAACUAAUUAAAUCAAUCUAAAAUCCCUCAAAUAUCAUUCAAAUUCCUUCCCAAAUCCCAUCAAUGGCGUCCAAAAACUACCUAGAAAAUUUCGAAGACCACUUACCAUUAAUGGCGGAAAAAUUAGGUGGGGAUGCUUUAAUUGGAGAAUUAUGUAAAGGGUUUGAAUUAUUAGUUGAUAGUGAUAAAGGGGUAAUUACUUUUGAUAGUUUAAAGAAGAAUGCUGGUUUGCUUGGAUUACAAGAUUUUACAGAUGAAGAUUUAAAAAGUAUGUUAAAAGAAGGUGAUUUUGAUGGUGAUGGUGCUCUUAGUGAAAUGGAAUUUUGUGUUUUAAUGUUUAGAUUAAGUCCUGAAUUGAUGGAUGAAGCUCAUGAUUUAGUUCAUCGUGAACUUAAAUUGUUUUUCUGAUGAUGAUCAUCAUCUUGAUUUUGAUUUUGAUCUUGAUCUUGUUGUUAUUUUCCAGUUUAUGGUAUACUGUAAUUGAUGAUAAUGAUUCUUUGGAAAUGGAAAUUGAUUUUACAAA